GAGAGAUAGAGAGAGAGAGAGAGAGAGAAACACGGCCACAGAAGAGAGACGAGAGAAGAACCUCAGUGUCUGGUUUUUGGCGUUUUUUCUGAAAACAUCGUGACGCUGAUAAUCUCCCAGAGUCACAGGACCAGGCUCGGUUCGGAUCAGUUGUGUAUUUUGGAGUCUUUUUUUUUUUUUCGUGCGUGGAAGGGGACCGGUCACAGGAGUCGGGGGGUUAUGAGCCGUCCGAAGCCGCGUCGGUGCGUCGCUGUCCAGGGUCCUGAGUGAGACAGAGCCAGCGGAGCAACCACGGAGCCUGACAUCACCCGGCGAGGAGGAGGUCCUUUUGCAGCGCUAGUGGGUCCCAGUUUUAUACGAUGACAGUGUAGAAGCUCUCAGGAUCCUGAGAGGAGAGAUGAGCUGGAUAGACCUGAGAGAGUUGAAAAGCUCGGGAGCCAUGGAGUUGAGGGUGGGGAACAAAUACCGCCUCGGGAGGAAGAUAGGGAGCGGAUCCUUUGGAGACAUUUACCUCGGUUCUAACAUCGCUACAGGAGAGGAAGUAGCAAUCAAACUAGAAUGUGUGAAAACCAAACAUCCACAGCUCCACAUAGAGAGCAAGUUCUACAAGAUGAUGCAGGGCGGAGUGGGAAUCCCGUCUAUCAAAUGGUGUGGAGCAGAAGGCGACUACAACGUCAUGGUUAUGGAGCUGCUGGGCCCCAGUCUGGAAGACCUGUUCAACUUCUGCUCCCGCAAGUUCAGCCUCAAAACAGUCCUGCUGCUGGCCGAUCAAAUGAUCAGCAGGAUUGAAUACAUCCACUCCAAGAACUUCAUCCACAGAGACGUGAAGCCUGACAACUUCCUGAUGGGGCUUGGCAAGAAAGGCAACCUGGUCUACAUUAUUGACUUCGGCCUGGCCAAGAAAUACCGCGACGCCCGAACGCACCAGCACAUCCCCUACCGCGAGAAUAAGAACUUGACCGGCACCGCCCGCUACGCCUCCAUUAACACCCACCUGGGCAUUGAGCAAUCGAGACGAGACGACCUGGAGUCUCUGGGCUAUGUUCUCAUGUACUUCAACCUGGGCUCUCUGCCCUGGCAGGGGCUCAAGGCCGCCACCAAGAGGCAGAAGUAUGAACGCAUCAGUGAGAAGAAAAUGUCCACCCCCAUAGAGGUGCUCUGCAAGGGAUACCCCUCGGAGUUCUCCACCUACCUGAAUUUGUGUCGCUCAUUGCGGUUCGACGACAAGCCAGACUACUCAUAUCUGAGGCAGCUCUUCAGGAACCUUUUCCACAGACAGGGCUUCUCCUACGACUACGUCUUUGAUUGGAACAUGCUGAAGUUUGGAGCCAGCAGAACAACAGAAGAUGGAGAUAGGGAGAGGAGGGAGGGAAAAGAGGGGGAGGAGCGGGCAGGAGGGGGCCAAAGAGGGGCUGGAGGUCGAGCUUUGCCACCUAAUCCGAACCCGUCAGGAGCCAACAGAGUCAGGAACGAGGCGGACGCAGCCCCUUCAAACCCAGCCACACGAGGGGUCCAGCAGUCAGCAGGUAACCGCUCCCCUCAGGCCGGCAGAGCGGAGCGGGCCGAGCGAGAGAGGAAGGUGGCCAUGAGGCUUCACCGCGGGGCCCCCGCCAACGUCUCCUCCUCUGACCUCACCGCACGCCUUGACCAGUCGCGCAUCACUGCAUCACAGGUCAGUGUGCCGUUUGAACAUCUGGCAAAGUGAGUUUCUACUGGCUGGCCUGCAGGUCAGUGACAGCAGCUGCAGGGUAUGAAAUACCCCUUACUUUUCAAGCAUAUGAAUGAAAACAUAAGUGAUGGAAGGAGGACAAGUGGAGCAGGAGGAGGCGUUGCGGGCCCUCACAGCGGGGAAACGAGGCCAAUUGUGUGUCUGUCAGUAUGCUGUGUGAACACUGAGGAGAAACCAGCCGGACAAACGGACUUGUUAGCUAGAACUGGUUUGUAUGACUUUUUUGUGGAUGCGGCGUGAAAAAAGUGGGGGAAACAACACACAGGCCCCGCCCGUUCUUCAUUCAUAUCCACCUGUCCAUCGACUCAGAGGUUCAACUUGCAAAAAAAAAAAAAAAAAAAAAAAAGACAAAAUGCACAAAAUGAACUGCAUUUCAGUUAUUCUGUGAUUUCCACCUGUGAUUUAAGAAUAAGUCAUCAACCUGCUAACGUCUGAGAGCUUCAUCUGCUGCUUAUGGUGUUCUUGAUUAUAUAUAAAUAUGUAAACAGCUAGGGAGGCGAACCCAAAACAACAGAGUUUUUAAGAAGAGAAAAGAAUCACAGACUGAAUGUGAGGAGUGUGGAGUGACUCUCUGGAUGGGAAUGAGGCUGCUCGUCAGUAAAUGUCAAUGUCAACGUGUUAUUGUCCUAAGUGUUCGUUUUGCUGAUAUCUUUGCUUUAGAUGAAAGGAAGAAUGAAGUGUCAGAGGAGUCGGGUGUUCAUAAAUUAUCCUUGAAUAUAAGAAAUGAUAAGUCAACAAUUAGAACUUGUUGUUUUUCAGCACCUUGUAACUAACUUAUAUGAAAUGCUGACAGGGAAAACGUAAUCACUGAAUAUGGAAAUUAAAGGAAGAGGAGGAAGACCACGAUGAGUCGAGGACAGAACAAAAGGGAGCGGCAUGUGGAUUGUAUGAUAAGAUAAAGCCUUAUAGUCCCGCUUUUAAGUCAAGGUGUGAAUAGAGAAAGUUAUAAGAUCUUGGUGAUGAACCAGUCUGGUGUAACUUCUUUAUUUUUUGUCCUUUACUUUUCUUUGAUAAAACAUGUAAAAAUGUGUACAUACCUAUUGCCAGAAUGUGAAAUAUUGUGAAAAGAUGGAGCUGGAGAGAAGAGUACUUCUUGACAGCCUGGGGGCAAUAGCGAAAGAGAAAAAAACUUUUACCUUGAGAGUCAGCCACAAGUGUGUUUUUCAUUUCUCCUGUGGCAGGCAAUGACAGAGAGGUUUAACAUGAAUGAAUGUGAAGGAUUGCUUUGACCCCGGGCCAGUCAGGAAGAACGGAUGUCAGGGAUGAGCAGUCUGAUGUCCUGUACAUUUCUUUACCAUGCUUCAACUUUAUAACUAUGAUAAUUGUGUAUAUUUUCGGAAUCAAUAAAGAUAUACACAUCAUACAGA